UCCUGCUGGUAGUGGACUCAAAGCCAAUUUCAGUGUUGUUAUUGCAGGUUUCAAUGGCAACUAUUGUACGACAUGAAACAACUUUUAAUCCCAUGGGCUGCUAUUCAGGAACCUGCGGAAAAGCUGCAAAUAGCGAGCUUUCAGUGAAACUUUAUACAAAUCAAGCUGAAGGCCUAAAUUCGUUCAGUUCAUGAAUAGGUUUCCCUACACCUGCGCUUUUAGUGGACGUUACGUUUGAUCAAUUUUCCGGAAGUAAUAAUACAAAAUGACGGAUACAAGCACAAAAACACUGUCUAUAGGACCAGCAUCCUUUCGGGUUUAUUUCUUCGUGGUAAAUUUAGUUUCUCGCGGCUGUGAGACAUUUGUCACGGUGCUGGAAGUGAAAUGAUUUUGAUGCUUAUCAGCUACACAAAGGUAUUAAUAUGUACAGUUAAUUAGCUGAUGCGCACUGAAGCUGUUCUGAAAAGUUUAAAACAACUUUCGUUCAGCUCAUGCAUAAGUGAGCCCCUGCAAAUACCGGAAAGCAUGAUUAAAAUUGAGUGAAUCCAAACUCCAGACGAGAUGAUCAAGUAACAAGGAGGCAGUCAGGAAUGAGACAUCUUCUGGAUCAUUUGAUCAUGCUGAUAAUCUUAGCAAAUCAUGAUAUAGGCGCUGAACAGGAAUUGGAAUUCACCGAUGUGGACGUAGCCAAAUUAGCAACACAUACCUAUGGAACAGAAUUGCUCUUUUUGGAGAAUUCCCAUUACACUGACCAACAAUCCUACAAACUCGAAGACUUCUUCUGGACUGGUUCAGGAGAUGGGCCUACCGAAGAGAAUGUGUGGACCUCUGAAGGUCCUUCCACAGUCUACAAAACAUCAACUAUUAUAAGUACGGUUUUCGUGGAAAAUACUGCGACGAAAGCAAACGAUACCUCUGCUCGGCCACCAAACUGCACGGUAAACUGUCUGACCAGUGCAUCCGAUGGGGAAAUCACUCCAACUCCAACCUUUAGUGGAGAUGCUGAUACAGGAAAUAUUGGAGAUGAUUUUUCCGCUGCCAAGGAACAAUUUUGGCUGCUGACUGUCUUGAAAAGUGAUGGGAAAGAUCCUGUGAUUAUUGAUCUCAAAAAUAGCUUAGCCAACUUGUAUAAAACAGCAUUUCAGAGACAGCAAGCUCAACAUUUGGGCAUAKCACGUAGCAAAAGAGCCGUACUUGAAAAGCCAGUUCAUGUUUACAUUCAUGAARUGAACAGGCAAACCAUUGAUGGUGAAGAUAAAAUUGAAGUUCUCUAUCAUGUCGAAAUGCUCGGYAAACCGGUGGAUGCCCAUACAGCUGCCACUGAUAUGAAGUUGCUUUCGGAUGAAGAAGUUGUAAARGAACUGGGWUAUCCGUUUGAAAUAAAAGCUGAACCWUAUGUSAAAGCUUCCCAGCCGCAAGAGUUGUCGAAAGCAAAAAAUACAUGGUUUGUGAUCGGAGUGUCCAUCAUUGGACUUUUGUUGAUUCUACUUAUCCUGGCAUUUCUGCUUCUGGGCUUCACCAAGAAGAAACGCCUACCCCAGCCGAAUGUUGGUAUUGAGAAUAGGCGGCAUAUAUUUGAAAGGGCUGUUGGGCACGAAAAUAAAGGUCUGGUCCAAGACGAAGAAACUGCUAGUGAAACACAACAAGGCAGGGAAAAUUCACCGACGUAUAUCAACUUUGCGGAUCAGCAUGUUACUGCGGUUGUACUCAGGCCCCAAAGCUCUUUUAGUGGAACUUCUUCAAGUUCCAGUUCUUUGGAUAUAUCUCCCUUGAUGAACAUUGAAACCAAGCACAAACCGCCACCGAAAAAACCUCCUAGACCUCGAGCGGCAUUGAACAAAACCGUUCCUGUGAACACCACCAGGCAGCUUCCUCAGGAAGUAUUUGAUUCAGACAGCAGCCUUUCCAGAAAAGAUGAAUCUCCAGAAUUUGCUCCCAACAUGGAUCCUGGAGUGAUGAGCCCUAAGAGCUUCUUGUCUAUGCCCAGCGUUAAGAGCUUUCCAAGAACAAAUAUGCCAGAGCCACUGAAUAGAGUGUUGGAGCCAGUGAGUGUCACUCAUUUGGACAUGCCUGAUGAUGGUCGAAUUUCAGCUAGAGAUGAUAGGAAGUAUGGAUCGGAGUCGUUGAUCAGGCACGGAAGCAUUGGAACUAUGGAAGAUCCAGGUGUCAUUGGUCCGAUAGUUUGGAAUAGACAUUGCGACCGAUUGAAGCAAGGGGUGAGCGUUGAUCAAGGUAUCAAUGAAUUGAAUGGACAACUGAAAGCUUCCACCAACAUAUCGCGCAUGAGGAAGCGCUUUCACGAUCUUCUGGACGACACUUUCAGCUUGUUUGGCAAUAGCCGAAAGGGCAGCCCUACAGAUUCGCCUGUAGAUGACCGAAGCCGGCCGAUAGCAAUUGAAGUGAAGAGUCACUCGGCCAAUGAUAGCAGGCCACUAGAUAUUGAGUCUACCUUGCCACCAAGACCCAAAACUUCGGGUAGUUCAAAGCCGCCCUCUUCAAAGCCCAGUUGCGCUUGGAGUAGCUCAGCUCCAUCUCCUUUGAUUCGUCCCUUAAGCGCCGCUCCACGGAUCGGCACCGGUUUGAUUUCCAGAGCUGCUACAUUGUCACGAGGAGACUCUGGAGACUUUCCCAAAACACCCAGCGGAAUUUUGAAACAUCCCAAAGUGACUAUAGAGCCGGUUUUGGCUGAGGGGAGGUUUCGACCAAGCGAUCCGGCUAUAAGCGUUAUUCAGGCCAUUAAAAGCGAAAUAGAGAAGGUGUCUCUACCGGGAAGUUCCACAGAUUUGCAUAAAUAGCAUUCGGUUCUAGAAUAGAGAUAGAAAUGUUGUUUGUAUUUACUGCUAUAGUUGUUCUAUGGUUCCGUUCAGUUAUGUUCAUGUUGAUAGCUCGUUUACGUUGAUCAGCUUGUUUGUUAUUAGUUUAGGAUCGUUUUAAGAGUGAAGACAGUUUGAUUUUGCAAAAGUCAUGUAAAAUUGAUUGAUCAGUAGCCAAAAGCAUAUUCAAUCAUUCCUAAUGUAGUUCUGAUAAAAUGUGUUCAUGUAGGUACCUAAGACUUAUUUUAGUUGAAAUAUUUCAAUUGUAAAUUGAUAACGACGGUUUGCAAUAAAGAAUAAAAUGGGAA